AUGGCGGAGGCGGCGAAACGACCCCGGCGUGGCUCCCCCACUGCUGCCGCGCGCGCCCUGCCUUCCUUCCUGCGCUGGUGCGCCGAGGCCGGCGUGCAGCUGAGCCCCAAGGUCGGCGUGAGCCGCGAGGGCACCGUGGCCGCCUACGGGCUGCUGGCCAGGGAGAGCCUGGGCGCCGGCGAAGAGCUCUUUAGCAUCCCCAGGACGGCGCUCCUGUCCCAGCACACCAGCACCCUCGCUCCCCUCCUGCGGAAAGAAGAAGCCUCCCUUCAGAGCUCAUCAGGCUGGGUCCCUCUCCUGAUUUCUCUCCUCUACGAAUGCACAGUUAGCAAUUCCCAUUGGGGGCCUUACUUCUCUCUCUGGCCCCAGUUCACUGAUUUGGAUCACCCCAUGUUCUGGGGUCCUGAAGAUCGGGCACGGCUUCUGCAAGGGACAGGAAUCCUUGAAGCUGUGGAAAAAGACUUGGUCAAUAUUGAGAUGGAGUAUUCCUCUAUCAUCUUGCCAUUCCUGAAGGCCCACCCAGAUCUCUUCAAUCCAAAAGUGCACACACUGGAGCUCUAUCGGAGGCUGGUGGCAUUCGUCAUGGCUUAUAGUUUCCAAGAACCUCUGAAUGAGGAAGAAGAGGAGGAAGAACCUAAUCCUCCAGUGAUGGUGCCCCUGGCAGAUCUUCUAAAUCAUGUGGCCAACCACAAUGCCAACUUGGAAUUUUCUCCGGAGUCCUUGAAAAUGGUCACCACUCAGCCUGUUCGCAAAGGCCAGGAGAUAUUCAACACUUAUGGAGAAAUGGCCAACUGGCAACUCCUCCACAUGUACGGCUUUGCUGAGGCCUACCCUGGCAACACCAAUGACUCUGCUGACAUCCAAAUGUCGAUGCUGCUGAAAGCUGCACUUCAAGCCACAGAUACAGACAUGGAAGAGAAGCUGGUUCUGGACCAAUGGAAAUUCCUUUGCCAUCAGGAAAUCGUGGGUGAGGAAGGGGCAUUUGUGAUUGGCUGGGAGAGAGUUUUCACUGAGGAGGAGCUCUCGGUGGCAUUGCAGGUGCUGACUAUGUCUGCAGAAGAAUUCAAGGAAUUUAAAGACCAAGAGGCCAAGACCGAUCGAAAAGGGACCACUUGCUUGCUUGAGUCAGUUACUAUGAUAUCCAACCUGAGUGCUGCUCAGAAGAAGCUUCUCUUUGAUGCCACAAUACUAACACUGAAGGGUUUCUCCUCCAGUCUGAAGGAGGAGGAAACGAUGCUAGGAGACCUGCAGGCUUAUUUGCAAUUAAGCCGCCGGGAGCAAUUUGCCCUCCAAGUGCGAUACGGCCAGAAGAAGAUUCUGCAUCAAUUGCUUGAACUGGCAAAGUAGCUGCUGCUGUGAAGGGACAGUCUUUGGGCCUGGAUGCCUGGUGAAGGCUGUUUUCCUAGGCAAUAAAAAUGAAUUCCAUAAAUGGAGUUUUUUACUGUCCCUCAAGGACCUAAUUGCUCAGACUUGUCUUCAGAAGAAAGCUGUUUCUUCUGUCUACCACAGAAGCAAAGUCUGCCUUUGCUUCUUUAAUAUGACAGCUCUGAACAGUUUUGCGAGAACCAAUAUAUUUUGGUAAAGUUCAUUCACAAGAAUUAAAGGUGCCGAUGAUCAGAA